AUGAUAUUGUCCUUGUCGCAAGCUCCCACAAAACCGUUCGAGGUCAAUAAUUGGCACGAGACAGAAUUUGAGGCCAUCAACGGCUACCUUGAAACCCUUCCACAAUUUAGUAUUCGAGACUUCCUCUUGCAAUCCUGGAAAUCUAUUGUGUCUUACUAUUAUGACGAGAGGUAUCCUAACUUUGGCGUAAGACAUUCAUCUGCACCAUACCAGGAAUCAAUAACAUGGGUUGAUAACGAAUCAUCCCAGCAUUCUCAUAUCUCCACUGUCAAUUUCGACACAUGCAACAAAAAGGACACUGAUAAAGCCCCCGAAGAUGCUGCGUCCAAUUGGGAUUCAUGCCAGCAGGGGGGAUCGCAACCAAAUCGGGAUCGGGCGCAGCCGAAUGAGUGUUUGCCGCAAAGAGUUUUGAGCCAUUCGCACCUUAUUUUUCCGGAGACAACUGCUCAAGCAGCCAGGAUACGAAGCUCUGAUGGUCGCCAACACAGCGAUUCCCUGGAAAUUCCUAGCGCCAAUGCACCAAAUUAUGCUCUUGCCGACCAAGGGCACGGCAAUUCUACACUGGAGCUAGAGGAAAAUACAGUGGACGACAGCAUGCUCCGUUCGCAGCGACCUGACCCUGCUUUACUCCCGGUCAAGUUUCGUUUGAUGCCCCACAACAUUUUUAAUGCCGCGCAACUUGGCUUGCCGAUGACCUUGGAGAAUUUCGAUUUAUCGCAGGACACUUUUGAUUCACAGCAACCUGACCAUGCUGUACUUCCCAUCAGUUCGGACAUUGUACCCCACAACAUUUUCAAUGCCGCGCAACUUGGCUUGCCGAUGACCUUGGAGAAUUUCAAUUUAUCGCAGGACACGUUUGAUUCACAGCAACCUGACCAUGCUUUACUCCCCAUCAGUCCGGACAUUGUACCCCACAACAUUUUCAAUGCCGCGCAACUUGGCUUGCCGAUGACCUUGGAGGAUUUCGAUUUAUCGCAGGACACGUUUGAUUCACAGCAACCUGACCAUGCUCUACUCCCCAUCAGUUCGGACAUUGUACCCCACAACAUUUUCAAUGCCGCGCAACUUGGCUUGCCGAUGGCCUUGGAGGAUUUCGAUUUAUCGCAGGACACAUCUUCCUUACUGGCGCAGUUCGUGCCUCAGAACAUGGAUGACUUGUAG